AUGAAAGACACUGUGUACAAGACUCGUAUCCCUUCUGUCACGAAACGUCGAACUUGUCUCCAGCAUUUCAUGCGCACGGGAGUUCAACUUUGGGGUCUCACCAUUGAAGAACAGCGCAAGGUGCUCUCCCAGGAGGACGGGACGUGCUACGCCGCCUCGGAGAAUGACUAUGAAUGGAACGACCCUGAGCAGCCAUUCAUUGAAAUUGACGACGACAAUGAUGAAGAAGAGGAGCAGGACGAAGACGAGGACGAGCACGAGAGCGAGAAAUUAAACGAGGACGAGGUUGAUCUACGAAAAUACAAGAGAUGGAGCCACUACCACUACAUUGCAUGUUUGUGUUUGUUUAGAGUUUGA